AUGGAGGCGGCGGCGGAGCCUGGAAACCUGGCUGGUGUGCAGCACAUCAUCCUCGUCCUCUCGGGAAAGGGGGGAGUCGGGAAAAGCACCAUCUCCACGGAGCUGGCCCUGGCCCUGCGUCACGCAGGCAAGAAGGUGGGGAUCCUCGAUGUGGACCUGUGUGGCCCCAGCAUCCCCCGCAUGCUGCGGGCCCAGGGCAGGGCCGUGCACCAGUGUGACGGCGGCUGGGUGCCCGUGUUCGUGGACCAGGAGCAGACCGUCUCCCUCAUGUCCGUGGGCUUCCUGCUGGAGAGGCCGGACGAAGCCGUGGUGUGGAGAGGCCCCAAGAAGAACGCUCUGAUAAAGCAGUUUGUGGCUGACGUGGCCUGGGGACAGCUGGACUUCCUGGUUGUGGACACGCCGCCGGGAACCUCCGACGAGCACAUGGCGGCCGUGGAAGCCCUCCGGCCCUACAGCCCCCUGGGGGCCAUCGUGGUCACCACGCCGCAGGCGGUGUCUGUGGGGGACGUGCGGCGGGAGCUGACCUUCUGUAAGAAGACGGGGCUUCGCGUGAUCGGCAUCGUGGAGAACAUGAGCGGCUUCGUCUGCCCGCACUGCGCCGAGUGCACCAGCGUCUUCUCCAGGGGAGGCGGCGAGGAGCUGGCCAGACACGCCGGAGUGCCCUUCCUAGGCUCUGUGCCCCUGGACCCCAAGCUCACGAGGAGCCUGGAGGAGGGCCGAGACUUCAUCCAGGAGUUUCCCCACAGCCCUGCCUUUCACGCCCUCGCCGCCAUAGCCCGGAAGGUCCUGGAGACACCUGCUCAGCUCCCCUGA